AUGCAUUUGGUACUCGAAAACCAUGGAAAGAACUUGAUUCAUCUCUGGAAAGGAACCUAUAAAGGACUCGACGAAGGGAAAGAACGCUAUGUCAUUGCGGAAGGGGCAUGGGUGCAGAUCGGACUAGAGACUGCUGCGUCAUCUGCAACAAUACCAUCUUCAUUUGGUCGACGAACACCAAAUAUCUGGACGGAGCAGCACUUGUUCACCGCUGAAGACUACGCUCACUGGUUUCUCUACGUUGCACCAUUUGUCCUGAAGGAUCGAUUCCCCUCUCGUAAAAUCUACAAACACUUCAUGCUUUUCCAUUCAAUUGUUCGGACAACGAUUCAGUUUUCCAUCACCAAAGAAGAAGUCAACUUGCUGCGAGAGACCGCAAUUACAUAUGUCCAGCAGUAUGAAAAGUUGUACUACCAGGGCGCUGCUGAGCAUCUCUCAACAUGCCCACUAACCCUGCAUGCGCUCCUUCACUUGCCUGACGAUAUCGAGAAGAAUGGCCCACCAUGCAUGAACUGGUCAUUCGUAAUGGAACGCUGGUGUGGCCGACUCCUUCCCGCGAUCAAGUCGCGAGUGUAUCCGUACAAGUCAUUGACUCGCCAACAACUCGCAAUUGCACAGGAGAACUCGAUUCUUGCGCAGUAUGACCUUUUUGAUGUCAUACAUGGUCCAACGGUUGAUCCAGAUGACUCACGAUGCAGGGAAGAAAUCCUCAGUGAAGGUAUGUGUUCGUGUCGACUCUAUGCAUUAAAACUAAUUUCCACAGCACCCGCAUCUAUCCUCCGGAGCCCGUGCAAUAAGGACUAUGUCCCUGAUGCCUCACUUCGACGUAAAAUCGCAAUUUACUUCACUAAUGUGUAUCUCAAACCAUUUCAUGAGAUUAUCAGAUGGCUGCCGGAAGUCAUGCCACGAUGGGGGAAGUCACGUAUUGCGGGUGGAGGUGAUAAAGUGUGCACCUCUUGGGCACAAAGUCGACGGAAGAACUAUCGUGAUGCAUCUUUUGUUAGGUAUGAGGUUGCUGUAGAUUCAAAUCCCCGUGUCCGUCGAAAGACGCCCCUUAUCAAGCAAAUUUGCUACGGCAUACUGUAUGAGAUACUAGUAUGCACUCUCCCGACUUCGAAUUUCCUGGGCACCGAUGCGCCAACGACUCAUGUACUCGCUCUUGUUUCUGAUUGUGGAGCUCAUGACAAUGCUGCGCUCACUCCAGUCUCCUUCACUUCUCUCUCAGAGACGACACAGAUUAUCGCGUUAGCAUCGGUAUCAUCAGUAUGUGGUCGGUUUUGUUAUGGAACAGCAUCGCCGCGAUGGGCAAUUGUAGACCGUAGUAUUGAGCUUGCACGGCCCAUUUUUGACGUCGAUGAUGAUUAAUUACAUUGCGCUUUACUGUAAUACAGGUGUACGUAACAUGAAAUCCUAC